CCUUCAACCGCUAUAAUCAGCAAGUCCAUUGCUUCAGUCGACUCUUGACACUCACUGCGUCAAGUCUCAAGAUACCGUUUUAAUUAAAUAAUAUUUGUGAUUAAAGCAAGAAAAUAAUAUCAGGUGUUGCGAAAAUAAAGUUCAAGUAUCAUCUGAUCUAUAAAACUAUAAAGAUCUAUCAAAAGAUCAAUAGACUAUACUUGAUGUAUUGGCCCAAGUCUCAUUGAAUUUCUCUCGAUUGAAAAAUCAGGCUACCAAGAUUCAGAGUGAUUCAAGAAAAGAGGCUACAACUUUUUUCACCACAGUGAUCUUAAUUCAGUGGAAGUACUAAUAAAGUAUUCAAAAAUCAAAACAGGAAGUGCAUCAACCAGUUGAGAUUAAUGAAACUUGGUAGUUGCUGCUGCUGUUGUCUUGCUUGAAUAAAAUUGAUGAUCAAAACAUCGAUCAUUGGAUCGUUUAUAAAAAUCUUCUUUCAUGAAUCUUUCAUGCUGGUAGGCCUUGUCAAUCAAAAAUUUUUAAUAGACUCCCUGUGGCUCCACUGAUGAUGUUGUCACAAAAUCAUCAUAAAAAUAUCAAAAUUUUAUAACAAAAAUUAUUCUUAUCAAAUAUCUUAAAAUGCUAAGUAACUGGGUGAUUUGAGAAUAAAAAUAAAUAAAUAAAAUAUACUAUAAAACGGUAUCAGUACCAUAAACAGGAAGAAUAAAGAAAAGUAAAAAAGAAAUUAAAUAAACAGAUGCAGGAAUCUGAGACUGGCGCCAUGUCAGUUAUUACGAUAUAGAAAGGAGAAAGAAAUCGAGCAAUGGAGAACGAUUGUGGACAACACUGGGAUAAAGAUAAGACCAAAACAAAAUAAUAAAAUAAAGUUCAAGUGUUGCCAUAUAUGAUAGUACAUGCAUUUGUAUUUUGUGAAACAUACAACCACAUGAAUUGAAAAAAAGAAAGAAACCAAAUUUAUUAUUAUUCGAGAAUCUUAUUUUCAACCACGUAUAUUUUUAACCAAUGAUUUUUUUUAUUUUUUUAAUUCUAAUUUCACAACUGUUGCCAUCAAACUAAAAACCGCACUGUCACCACAUAAACACACACGUACACAUACACAUUUGUUUAUUCAUUUUAAGUUUAAUUUACAUCUUGAAAACAAAAAGUAAAAAAAAAGUGCAGCAAACAUGCUCUGUGGUUCAUUUAAAAAAAAAAGACGUCAACCAGGCGAUGAAUAUCGUCUAGUAAGAUCAAAUAAUACCCAGAUUAUUUCAAUGAAUGACAACACUGAAGAAUCAAUCAAGGCAACCAAUAAAUUGUCAUCAAAAUCUUCAUCAAUAAAAGAUCUAAUAAUAAUGGGCUUGGACAAUGUGAGCUCAGCAACCCUAAGGCCAUUUAAUUCAGACAUCAACACACCGAGAAUUGACAGUUAUCGAUUUUCCAUGGCAAAUCUUGAAGAUUCUCAAGAUGUUGAUCUUGAUGCAAUUCUUGGUGAGUUGUGUGCACUUGAAAGACGUUGCGAUGGGGACAUUGCCUCGACACCGGCGCCAGACACCCAACGACCUGGAAGACCAAACAGCGGAAGAAUCAAUCCAGGUGACAGUACAGACAUUGGAAAAAAUGAUGGUGGUAUACGUACUGAUAGUCCUGACAAUGACAGUGCAUUUUCUGAUACUGUAUCAAUGUUGUCAAGUGAAAGUUCAGCAAGUAGCAGUGGUUCAGGACAUAAACUACCACAACCAGUUAUGCAUCCACCACCUCCACAGCAAUCACAUCAACUUAUGGAUGCAGCAAGUCGUGCUAAAGCUGAAAAAAUACGUCUUGCAUUGGAGAAAAUGCGUGAAGCAAGUGUACAAAAAUUAUUUAUCAAAGCAUUUACAUUGGAUGGUAGUGGAAAAAGUCUUCUUGUUGAUGAAGGAAUGAGUGUUGCACAUGUUUGCCGUUUACUUGCUGACAAAAAUCAUGUUGCAAUGGAUCCCAAGUGGGCUGUUGUUGAACAUCUUCCUGAUCUUUUUAUGGAGAGAAUUUAUGAGGAUCAUGAACUUCUUGUGGAAAAUCUUUUGUUAUGGACAAGAGAUUCAAAAAAUAAAUUAUUAUUUGUUGAAAGACCAGAUAAAACUCAAUUAUUUUUAUCACCAGAAAAAUAUUUACUUGGACAAUCAGACAGACAUGCUACUGAAUAUGACGAUCAUUCUCGUAAUAUAUUACUUGAAGAAUUUUUUUCAAGCAGUAAUAUUGGUGUACCAGAGGUUGAGGGUCCACUCUACUUGAAAUCAGAUGGUAAAAAAGGAUGGAAAAAAUAUCAUUUUAUAUUACGUGCAUCUGGUCUUUAUUAUUGGCCAAAAGAAAAAGCAAGAACAGCACGUGAUCUUGUUUGUCUAGCAACAUUUGAUGUUAAUCAAGUAUAUUAUGGUGUUGGUUGGAAAAAAAAAUAUAAAGCACCAACUGAUUAUUGUUUUGCUGUAAAACAUCCACGUUUACAACAGCCAAAAUCAACAAAAUAUAUCAAAUUUAUUUGUGCUGAGGAUAAUGCUGUUUUAGAAAGAUGGAUGGUUGGUAUUAGAGUUGCUAAAUAUGGUAGACAAAUAAUGGAAAAUUAUAGAACACUAGUUGAUGAAUUAGCUCAAGAGGAUCUUGAUCUUUUGGCACAUGCUAGAUCAUGCUCAGUUAGUUCAAUUGCUGUACCACAAAAUCAAACACAAUACAAUACAACAAAUGAUAAUGCACGACAAUUUAGUGAAAAAAAUAGACAAAAUGGUACAAUUAAUGAUAAUGGCACAAGAACAUAUGAUAAUCAACGACAAAAUUAUAAUAAUAAUAAUAACAAUAAUAAUACAGAACAACGACAAAGUUUUACAAAUGAUGGACGUUUAAGUCGUGCAAGUAGUUCAAGUUCAAGUGGUUGUUUGUCUGAUGGUGCACCAAGUAGUUGUGAAGUUGCAUUUGAAUGUGGUGAAUUUCCAACUGGUACAAUAAAACGUAAACCAUCAAUGAAUCCAAAAUUACCAUUAACAUCAAUAACAAGACAAUUAAAAGAAGUUGGUGAAACAGUUAGAGAUGAACCAGAUUCUUGUCCAAGUCCAACAAAUUCAAGUACAAGUACAUUAACAAGAAGACACAGUCGUAGAAGAAGUGGAACAAGUGAUUCUGAUGGUUCUGGUACAUUAAAAAGACAUCAUAGAUCUGGUAAUGCAACACCAGUUAGUCCAGUACCACCAACUACACCAGUUAGAGAAAUUAUUAGUCCAAUAAAUUAUACAAAAACAGAUAGUCAAGAUAUUAAAACACCAACAAGUCCAAUUAAAAAUAAUAAUAAUUGUAUGACUGAUUCAAUAAUGUCAUUACCACCACCACCACCAUCACCAGCAAGAUUAAAUGAAGAUAUUAUUAAUUGUGAUAAUGAACCAUUACCACCACCACCACCAGAAAUGUUUAGAUCAAAUUUAUCAUUGGAUUCAUUACCACCACCACCAGCACCUGGUGAAAUACCAAAUUGUGAUACAGCAAAUUUUACUGGUUCAACAUUGAGUCUUGAUUCAUUACCACCACCACCAUGUCCUCUUGUUGGUGAAACUGGUACAAUAAGACGAGCAAAACCAAAACAAACAAUACAAUGUAAUUCUAUAAUACCUGAUACAUCAUCAACACGUAAUAAUAAUAAUAUUAAUAAUAAUCUUAAUAAUAAUAUUAAUAAUAAUAGUAAUGGACAAAUUUAUGGUAUAAUACAAAAUUGUAAUACGACACAAUCACAAAAUAAUGGCUAUACGCAUAAUAAUGGUAAUACAUCACCUCAUAAUUUAUAUUCUGAAUCAAAUUCAAGUACACCAACUUAUACACCAAGUUCACCGACUUUUAUAUCACCACCACCAUUUAUACCACCACCAGCAUAUAAUUCACAACAACAUAGUCUUCAAAGACAAACAGUUAAAGCUGAAAUUAAUUAUGGUACAUAUCCAGGAAUAGCAACAGUAGCAACACCAACAACAACACCAGUACUACUACAACAACAAAGUGGACAAUUGAUAAAAAAUAAUAUUAAUAAUAAUAGUAAUACUGAUACAGUUAGAAGAAGUGCAUUAAAACAAACAACAAAUAAUUAUUCAACACCACCAUAUCUUGCUGAACUUAAAGCAACAUCAAGUCCACAACCACAAAAACGUGUUACAAUACAAGAACCACCAAUGUCACCAAAAUUAAAAACAGGUACUGGUAAAAAAAUAACAUUUAAUUUACCACCAGAACAAGAUAUUGAUAGUCCAGCAUUACCAUUAAGAAAACCAAUGCCACCAGCACGUUCAGAUAGUACUAAAUUAACAUCACCUAAAAAAUUAGCAGCAUCUGAUCAAGCACCACCUGGUGAUUUUCUUAAAGAUUUACAACGUGUUAUGAGAAAAAAAUGGCAAGUUGCACAAAAAUGUAAAUUAGAUACAACAACAACACCACAUGAGGUACUUGGUUUUCGUGAUCCACCACCAGCAAUUGCUGAUUAUAGAGAAACAAAUGUAUCAAAUUGGGUACAAGAACAUUAUGGAAAUGAUAAUCUUUAUGAAAAUAUUUAUACAAAUGAUCCAAAUGCACCAAUUGAAUAUGCAACAAGUCCAACAUUACAACAAACAAUUAAAUUUACUGAUGAAAAUCAAAGUAUGAAUAUUGCUAAUGUUAUUGCAUGUAAAAAAAGACCACCACCACCACCACCAAAAAGAGCUGAAACUACACAAUUAACAAGCCGUCCAAUGCACUGACAGUAGCUGAUAAUUCAGCCUCAUACUGAGAGGCGAUGGUACUCGUGUUUUUGUAUUUGAUACAAAAAACAUUUUUUCAACAAAAUUAAUUACAACAACAAUAACAACAACAACAACUGUUUUACAAUUUUACUAUUCAAUAUGUGCUUUUAUCUAUAUUCUUAAACACGAAAAUUGGAUGCUUGUUCUCUUAUCUAGUACAGAAAAAAUAAAAAAAAAAAGUCUCCAGUAUGUAUUAUGUAUACGUGCACAUGAAAAGUUUUUGUUGCAAUUUUAUAUAUAUAUAUACCAUCUAAAUUGCUUUUUUACAAGCAAUGAAUAACAAUGAAUUUUUUUUUUUUUCAUUUGAAAAAUGCAAUGUUUAACAAUGCACUUGAAGUUUAGAAUAAAAUUAUAGGAAAAAAAUAAUUAAAUAAAUAUAAAAAGAAAAUACGAAAAAUAAAAAAAAAAUAAAACAAUAAUAAUAAUAAUAAUAAUAUUAAUAAGAAAAUUAUAAAUAAUAUGAAAAAAAUAUGUUAAGAAAAAAAAACACUGCCGCACACUUUAAGGAUGUGAUAUAAAUCGUAAGCCAGCUUAUUAUUAUGCACCAUUUUUCGAUUGGCAAGCCGGUCGAUGCACUCCUUCAUAUGCAUAUAUUCGAAAUCACAUUAUAUAUUAAUUUAUAUUAAAUACUAAAAAAAAUAAAAAAAAAAUAUUUAUAUUAUAUAAUAUUUAAAAAACAAAAAUUAUUAUUAUUAUUAAUUUUCAUUUUAUAUAUAACACGUGAACGUGUUUAUUGACUGUUUAAUUUUUGAUUGAAAUUCAAAAAGAAAAAAAAUAAAAAACGAAAUAAUAACUGGAUGAAAAGAAAUGAAAAUGAAAAAAUAAAAUAAAAAAUAUUAGGCCUGCCACUUUUGUAUAUUUUUAACGCAUAAAGUAAAAAUAUAAAAACAAAAAAAAAUAUAUUAAUAAUCAAGGUGCUUUAUAAAUGACAUUAACAUUGUGACAUUUAUUUACAAUUAAAUAUUGAAAUAAUAAUUGCAUUUAAAUGCAUUAAAACUAUGAAAGCGUAUACGUAAAAUAUAUGUUUAUAAUUGACAUAAUAAUACAUGUGUAGAUUUAAAAUGAGCAGCUUGUGCUCUUCAACAUAAAUGCGAUAAUAUUUAAAUAAUAAUCAAUAUUGAUGGACCUCAAUGUGUGAUCUAAUGUUUUUAUUUUAAUUUUUUUGGAUAGUGUUGUUUGUUAAACAACAAGUUAACAUUUUUUCAAUGAGCACAAAAAUAUUUAUAAUACUAGAUUUUUUUUGUAACUGAUUAAACUCAUUAAUGCCAUUUUUUUGAUAACUGUAUACAAUUAUGCUGCGUGACUGUGUGUCAGUGCUAAUUAGUCUAAAGAAAGAUUAUUAUUUUUUUUUUAUAUCACAAGAUUUAUAUAGAAUUUAUACUUUUUAUUUUUUUUUUUUGAAUUUCUCUAGUGUAACCACAUGUUUAUUGUUAUUAAAGUAUGACGUAUAUAUAGAAGAAUUUAUUUACGAAUUGUAGAAUGUCAAAAAAAAAUAUUUAACAUGAAUUUUGGAAAAAAAAAAUUGUUUUUCGAUUAUUAUUUUGAUUUUUUAUCUCUGUGUUUGGAUUUUUCAAUUUUUUUAAAAAAGAGCUACAAGUCAAAUUUGCAAGUGAAAUCAUAUCUGUCAAAGUAAAGUAAAGAAAUUAAAAUUAAAAAAAGUAAAAACAAAUAAAACACUCAUAGACUAAUGUACGAUAAUCAAAGAACCAAUAGAUAAAUUUUUGAGCCUUAUUGCGAAUGAAAAUU